GAUUCAACUACCAUAAAAUCACUCAUUUUCUCACCGACAAUCCAGAUGGGAGAACCAAAGAAGUGGACCAGAGCAAAGGUCCCCAAAGUAAGAUCCGGUUGUAUUACCUGCAAAAUCCGCCAUCUCAAAUGUGACGAACGAAAGCCACAUUGUCAAAGAUGCGAGAACGACGGCCGCGUGUGCGAUGGCUAUCAAGUCACUCUAACUCGUCGCCCUCGCAAACAGACAACACCUCGCCCCAAUGAUCAAACCCCAUUUCACCGCAUACCAAAUGCUAGGCAGCCCCAACUGCUUCCCAGCUUGACCAAUGACAUCUCUACAGUGCCUACGGAAGUAGACUUGUUCCACCACGUUCGGACAUGCACCUUUCAAGACCUUGCAACAUCCUUGGGUCCAAUUAAUUUCUGGUUCACAUACGCCCUGCCGCUGGCUCAUGUAAUGGAGCCUAUCAAGUAUGCUAUUUGCGCUCUUGGAGGUGCACACAAGUACUUCAAGUCCCAACAUCUAAGGACAUCCAUGCAAUCCAUUCAUCCAUACGAGAAACUCUCUGUUCGACAAUACAAUCAAGCGAUACACCACGUCAAAUCGCUUAUGCAAACACCCUCUAAAGAAAAUAUGGAGGUGAUAAUAAUAUGUUGCAUCAUUUUUAUUUGCAUAGAGAAUCUUCACGGGCGCUAUGCUGAGUCUCUUCGCCAUCUGCGGGCAGGAUCUGCUCUUCUCAGCCAACUCCACGAUCAAGGGUCAACAGAGACCAAUAAAAAAGCACCAAUAAACAUGUCCAGGUUCUUCGAAGACCUUUCUGGCCUGUUUUCCCGACUAGGCCAGGACGUGUCUCUAUAUGCGGGAGAUGACAUCACUCCAGAUUUCAAUAUUCCUCCUGCGGACACUGACAUACGCCACCCCCCGAUACCAUUCACUUCUACGGCUGCAGCAGAGAGGUCACUUCAUGCGGUGGAGAGGAUGUAUGAUGCAGUCAGGCGUCUUUCUGAACAAGAACCCUGCUGCACUGGCUCUGGUGCUUCAUGCCGUGAUCAUGUCACUGAGCUGGAGUCCAACAAACUUCAAUGGGAAUGUCCCUUGGUUCCGUACUUUCAUCACUGGAGCCUUCGAUUUGAUCUAUACAAGGAACAACUUGAGCAUCAAAAAGUUCUCAAAGAGGAAAUACGCCGGAUGAGGAUGCUUUCUAUAGACCAGGCAUUGUGGAAAUGUUUUCUUCGACUGGAAGACAUUGACGAUGAAUUUUCCCUUGGGAAUUGCGAUGAAAUAGUACAGAGAGCAGAGUCUAUUGUCUACUCUGGUUUCUUCGGAGUAGUGCCUGUCUUUACAUUUGAUGCGCGACUGAUUCCUGCCAUUACAAUGGUUUGCGUCUCUUGCGCAGAUGUCGACAUUCAUUGGAGGUGCAUACGAUUGCUCCGAUCUAUUUGGCGAAGAGAGGGUAUUUGGGAUAGCCAAGAAAUGGCCGACAUCUUGGAAGCAAUGGUUAUUGCAAGGGAAAAGGAUCUUGUCCCGUGGGAGAAAAUUCCUUGGCGAAUAUCCCACCUCGUAAAAAUGCUGUCGUCCUUUCACCAAACUAAGACCCGCAUUUCAAGCGGACACUUAUCCUUGGCAGAUAUAGACUAAAUAGAAGCGAACCUUUCUCUAACACGGAUAUGGGUUGCAUGAGCGCUGAGCAGAUAGGUGAAACUGCGAUGAGGGGUACCAUAGCUAUCUUAGCCUUUAA